AUGACAGAUUCAGCACGAUCAGAUACCACGGCAACGACAACAAAUGAUCCCAAGCUGCGUACGGCAUGUGAUAACUGCCAGCUCUCAAAAGUACGAUGUAGUCGAGGCAAGCCUUCGUGCUGGCGGUGCAGCCAGAGCGGUGUCAAGUGCGUAUACAGCCCACUGAGGAGGACAGGACGCCCGCCCAAGAACAACGUCAACAAUGCUGCGACGCAGCGUGAAAGGGCCGCUUCAACCCGAUUAUCGACUGGUAACUCAUUGCAAAACCGCUCUCCUCGCGAUAUCAUCACCCAGAAAGCCUCGCCCGAUCGUCACCGUCCACCGCAGGACGCUACCACCGCCAAUGAAGUGGCAACGGCCUGUUCACCAGCACGGCUGCAACAGCCUCUGACGGAAGUGGCCGCAUGCUCAUCCGCGCUAGGUGAUGCAAUACCUGCCGUGCAUUCCAUGACCAACGCUGUAUGUCAAGACCUAAGCCAGAAUGCUGCGCUGUCCGUGGCAAAUCUCGAUAUGGGCGUCAGUGCCAGUGACUUCUCCACCUUAGAUAUGGACCUAGACCUGGAUAUGAGCAUGUGGGAGAUGCCGAGCAUGCCAGACCUGGCAAUGGAUCACAGCCAUGGAGAUAUCGGACCAACCGCUAUGGCUGGCUCACAAACGGACGAGAUAGGCCACCUGCCGCUGGAAUCCAUCAUCUCGUCCCCCUCCACCACAUUCGACACCCAUCAACCGAGCGACUGCGCGCAUCGAGCCCGAAACAAGCCACCGACGACUCUCAUGAGCGGUCUUUCCGCCCUAUCGACCGCUAUGCCAAUCAGCGGCGUCUGUGAGGAAAUUGCAGAUAAUGGACUGGCUAGCCCGCCCCCGUCGGAUCUGACCACGGCCUUGUCCAGCCACCAUACAUCAUCACUGUCGGGAGCGCGCACUGUGUGUGUCGCCUCCAGCACGCGAGAGCACGCUGGUAAUAGGCCAUGCUCGCUGGAUGGAACAUGCUACAAGGCCCUCUCCGGGCUGUUGACCAAGCUGGGUGACUUUGACCUGUCUCAGGCAGAGGCCGCGCCGCUAGACGGCCUGCUGUGUAUCGACCGUGAGCUCCAGCACAAAUUACGCAUGGCACUUAACUGCGGGCACUGCACGCGGAUGCCCAGCAAUCAAAACUUGCUCAUAAUUAUAUACAUGUCCCUAGACAGCUUACUGUGCCUCUUUGAGAAGCAGCAAAGCCAACCCAAAGACAAUUCAGGCAGCGCGAAUGGCUACCGCAAACAAAGGUCUUCCACAACGACCGCCGCCAUCGCUGCAGCCCCUCAACGACAUCUCAUGUCGCAUUCGCGACAGCCGCCUUCACCAUUGCCACAUGGGAGGCCCGAUGACACAAGCUCUCGUAGCCAGCGCCAGUUUCCCUGGACUGACCAGUCUCUUCUGGUUGGUAGCUUCCUCGUCGAUGAUGUGGUCAAGGCCAGCUUUCUACAGCGCCUUAUUUUGGAUUACAUUGACAAUGUUCUCUCUAUACUUGCUGAGCUUGAAACGAUAGCUGAUACAAUAAUGAAGGGCGUGAAUUGCAUGAUAUCUCGACAGAAGGCAGAUGAUAUUUACAAGAGGGCGUAUUUUCUGCGCGCCAGGCUGCUUUUGGCAACAGACAGGUUGUGA